UAUUUCGUCACCAUCCUGCUCAAUAAAAAUGUGCCUGAAUUGUACAUUAGGACCAGGCAUUUUAAAACUAACUUGUAAGAUUGAUAAACUCCAUCUGCCAGUUUCUUUCCACAACAAUUUCGGAAAGGAAAUUGCAUUCUGUAGUCUUCCUUUCCCGUCUCCGUUAUGCAUAUCAGGUUAUAAAAAUACAACUGUACGACAAAACAUUCACACAAAUGAAACUGUGGUUACAAUCAGAGAAAUAAUAGAUCAAAGAAUAAAUGGUAACUGGUCAUGUUUGCAUGGAUAUGGAAGAGAUAUGUAUGAAGCAGAUUUUGAAAUCAACAUUCCAAUAUUAGAAGGACAACACAAAAGAGAAAAGACGGAUGACUUGCGUUUCCCGAAGAAAGUAUCAUGGUAUACCAUAGCAGGAAUCAGUAUUACAGUUAUAACUUUAACCAUUGUAUGUGUGUUAGGCAUAUAUAUAUGCAAAAAAAGGAAUGUGGAAGAUGAUUCUACGAAACAUGGGGACACCGUGGAAGAUGAUCCUACGAAACAUGGGGACACCGGGGAAGAUAAUUCUCUGAAACAUGGGGACACCGCGAGAUUGCUACCUUCAAAUUAUAAUAAUGGUGCACCAUCUCCAGAAGUGAAUGAAAUAACCACCUCGAAUUUUGAUUCAUAAAUUUUCCAUAUUUAAACAAAUAUCUCAAAUAGUAUGCUCUUUCUUUGUUCUAACUUAAUAAUGACACUUAUGAUUUAAUCUUGUACAUGAUAAACUCAU